UGGACUUGUGAGCACACGUCUCUGAGGAACAUACAGCUUGUUUCAUCCAGACAGAGGAAAACAUCUGGACAAGGCUGAAAGAUGGGUUGGCAGAAGAGCGUUCUGGAUAAGCUUGCGCAGACUUUCCAGAUCCGCAACAAGUUACUGCGCCAGGGAUUGGCUGAGUGCUUAGGAACUCUCAUCCUGGUGAUGUUUGGCUGUGGUGCAUUGGCCCAAGUGGUACUAAGCGGAGGAUCUCAUGGUCUCUUUCUCACUGUAAACCUUGCUUUUGGGUUUGCUGCUACCCUUGGAAUCUUGGUUUGCGGCCAGGUGUCAGGCGGACAUUUAAAUCCUGCUGUUACAUUUGCUCUUUGCCUCUUGGGAAGAGAAAAAUGGAGAAAGUUUCCUGUGUACUUUCUGUUCCAAAUACUCGGAUCCUUCUUGGGUGCCGCUAUUAUCUUUGCCGAAUAUCAUGAUGCAAUUUAUGAUUUUGCUGGAGAAACAAAUGAGUUGGUUGUAAUUGGUGAAAAAGCCACUGCUGGGAUUUUUGCUACAUACCCAAACUCACAUCUCACCACCCUAAAUGGGUUUUUUGACCAGGUGAUAGGCACAGCGGCCCUGAUUGUGUGCAUUCUGGCCAUUGUGGACCCCUACAACAACCCGAUCCCUCAAGGUCUUGAGGCCUUCACAGUGGGAUUCAGCGUCCUUAUCAUUGGCCUCUCCAUGGGCUUCAAUUCUGGCUAUGCAGUAAACCCAGCUCGAGAUUUUGGACCUCGUCUCUUCACUGCCAUGGCUGGUUGGGGUGGAGAAGUCUUCUCAGCCAUGAAUUAUUGGUUUUUGGUGCCCAUCUUCGCCCCGUUUAUUGGAUCCAUUAUUGGUGUGAUUGUGUACCAGCUGAUGGUGGGAUGGCAUGUGGAAGGAGAGGUACGAGAUAAGAAAGUUAAAGCUAGAGAGGAGGCAAUGAAACUCAAUGACGUCUCCAGCAAGGAAUGAUCUGCAUGAUCUCCAUCAGCCCUCAACACCACAAAUCCACUUAAGCUUCAGCUUAUGGAUCUCUAGGUUCAAUUAAAACCACUCGCACCACACAAGACUCCCUCAUCUGUUUCAGAGGUGAUUCUCACAGUCUUGUGGAUCAUCCUAUGGACUCUUAAUAAAAAAACGUUAUUCAUUUCUAUACUCUAAACAUGCUGGGUUGUUUUAACCAAAUUUGAGUACAAUUUUGACUAACCCAGUGGUUGGCUUAAAAAUUUUAUUUAAAAUUAAACCAACUGCUGGGUUAAUGUUAGCCAACCCAACAUUUUUUAGAUUUCCAACUUUUCGUCAGACAUUUGAUUGUUUUUCAAGCAUGACUCUUAUUUCUUUCUUCGCACAGACUACAUUCUUCCAUUAAGGGAACAAGGUGUUACUUCAACAGGACGAAUUAUAUUAAUUCACUCUUUUGAAAAGUUAGUAAAAGUUUAGACCUUUGAAAUGAAACUGUUGUUGUUACACCUAUCAACAUUUACAGUAUUUCCAGCCUGGUCUCACGAGAAAUCAUAAGUAUUUUACAUUUUGUCAGUUUAGUGGCUAAUUCAGAGUUCAGUCGUACGAAAUUGUAUGAUUUUAAAAAGGAGGCGUGGCACCUAACCUAACCUAACUCGUACGAAAUUGUACGAAUUAGAUCAUACGAAUUCAUACGAAUUAGCCACUAAAUCAAAAAGUUACGAAUUGCCGUGAGAUUGUGUUGGUAUUUCAUGCUUUUGUGCUACUAUUAUCUAAAUAUGUUGCCAUUCACGCUGAGAAAGUUGAGUAGUUACCCAAAAAAGCUACAGUACUUUUUUUUUUAAUUGUAAAUAUUUUGUAUUGUCAUUUUCAUUUAAAGCUGAUUUUUGUCUAUUACGUGUAGGGAUUAUGAUUUAACUUGUACACAUAUGGAGUGAUCCUGACAUUUGUUUGACAUUACAGUUUUUAGACUGUUCAUUUCAUAACCAUGUUAAUUUUGAAAGUGAAUGUUUCAAAUCAACUGAUUGUUAUCCUAAUAAAUUUUUUUUUUAAAGAA